CGUUUUGUUUUUAGUUGCGAGUGCGGCGAGCAACUGAUCGCUCAUCGUUGCUACUGUUCUAUCGUUUCUCUUGGGACAUAUUACCUCAAGAUACAAUAUAGUUUUUCAAAUCGUCGAACUCGAACGAUCCAAGCCUCUGUGAUUGAAUAUAGUUCUGUAUUUGAAUGCAACAUUGUGUGAACCGCAUUUGCCAUUUUGUUUUUAUACGUGACAAUUCGAAUCAGAGACAAUAAGUAUUCAUAUAAGUAGUUAAAUAUGUCGGCUUCUCCCAUCGCGAGGCAAGCGACUCAGAGUCAAAGUAUUCCAUCUAAACGGGUCCUCAUCAAUGAUCCCAACCAACUACCUGCGGAUUACUCUUCGACGCCUGGAGGCACCUUAUACUCAACCACGCCAGGAGGUACCCGCAUUGUUUACGAGCGAGCAUUCUUAAUGAACUUGAGGAAUUCACCUAUUUCGAGAACUCCACCGCGAAAUAUACCAGCGAUUCCGGCCGAUCUUUUGAAGGGUACGCUAGUAGUUCCGACCAUACCUAGUCCACCGAUAAAAGAUAUUCCAGUGAUCGACGAAACUCCGGAGCAAUUUGAAAUGGAUAUGUGAUGAUCGGGACGGUAAAGGGGGGAAGGAGAGAAAAUAGAAAAAAAAGUUCAUACGAUCAGCAUAUGACCGCGGUGUCUGUUCACGUCUCGUGGUUCAGAAGGACAUUAGUUUAAUUACCUAAUUACCAUCUUUAUGAACGUGCCUCAAGCAGAAUUGGACGGGAAAAUAUCUUCAUUUAAUUACAUUUUUUCUCUAGCAUCUUGAUGGCUGUGAAUGAACGUUCACGACGAGAUAUUUUUUCAAUAACUACACAUAAAGAGAGAAUAUUUUUCACUCUCAAACAUGCCUUAUCGUUGUUGAAUCUAACUAAGGUUUCACCACACGUUUAUAUUUUUUUGUAGUUUGCUUUCUAAGAUAUUGAAUAAUACUAAUAAAUAUUGUGGUUUUUA